AGUCCCUCCACCCAAGCCCUCUCUCCUCCCUCCCUCUCUCCCUGCCCCUCUCCAGCCAUCCCUCUCUCCUCCUCCCCUCCCUCCCUCGCUCUCUGCCACCCCAGCCUGGUUGAUUCCCUGCCCCAACUUUUGCUCCCUCCCACUCCUCUACUACUGCCUCAGUCUCUCCCUCCAACCCCAAAUACACCCCCUCCAUCGCCCCCUACCCAGCUUCUUCGCCAGCCAGCUCCCUCUCUCCACUCAACCAGACAGGCCACCGAGGAGAGAGGAGAGGGAGAGGAGGAGAGAGCGUGUAGGAAGAAAGAGGAGAAGAGGAGGGAUGGGAUGACAGAGGAGGGUGUCUUAAAGCUCUCUCACACACUGAAGGCCCCUGCAGGAGGCAGCCUGGUGGAUGUGUGCUGUGUGUCGUGGCUGUCAGUAGGUGUAUGUGUAGCGGUGGCAGGAGAGUGGGAGGUGUGUGUUUGGGGUCAGACCAACCCCCCACACUGGAGACGACUGCACACCUGGACCUUCAUAGAAUCAGUUAUGUCAGUGUUUCCUGUGCCGGACGCUCCUGGGCUUCUGUGUGUGACUCUGGGCCAGCUGGAAAUCAGAGAGGCCAGGGUACUGUGCUGCUCCAGUCUGUCCCAGGCGGUGCUGUGUGAGGGGGAGGUCCAGAUGGUGUUGGGCAUGUCCAACCGAAGGCUGGUUAGCUCCUCCUACUCUGUAGCCACAACCCCGCUGCAGGUCUACACACUGACACAGGAUGGCAGGCUGCAGGUCUACACACUGACACAGGAUGGCAGGCUGCAGGCCUGCCUGUCUUUGGUCUGUCCUACUGAGCGCGUGCGGACCGUGGCGGCGGUGGAGGGACAGACUGACGCUCUGAUUGGCUCAUCCCACGGCGGACAUGUUGUUCUGUGGAACGUGACGACGGGGCAGCUGCUGCGGAGCAUCACUCUGGGAGAUGGUUUCACGGAUACGACCUGCCUCCGAGGAUACUCCCUCUGCGGGGUGCUGUUUGUCCUGUUGCAACACCCGUCCCUGUGUGCUGUGGAGGAGGAAGAGGGAGGGGCUCUGUUCUCGCUGGUCGCCACCAACCCUCUGACUGGCACCGUCGCCCUGGCAACCAGACUAGGCCUCCCCAAAGCCUGCACCGGGAGGCUGGUGGAGGUUGAUGUCCAUGGCUCCAGUGUGGUUGGGGUUUUCCGGUCCGGCUCCGUGUGUGUGUGGCAGCUUGGGGGGCGUCAGGGCCAGCAGGGGGUCUGGUUCCCAGAGCUGGGGUGUCAGCUCGCCCGUUGGGGGGCGCAGGGAACUGUCCUGACGGCACACCUCAAUGGAGACGUCUGCUUACACAGCUACAGACCACUCUGAUCUACUAUAGACCACUCUGAACAACUACAGACAACUAUAGACCACUCUGAACUACUAGAGACCACUAUAGACCACUCUGAACCACUAUAGACCACUCUGAACAACUACAGACCACUCUGAACUACUAGAGACAACUAUAGACCACUCUGAACCACUAUAGACCACUCUGAACCACUAUAGACCACUCUGAACUACUAGAGACCACUAUAGACCACUCUGAACAACUAGAGACCACUAUAGACCACUCUGAACUACUAUAGACCACUCUGAACAACUACAGACCACUCUGAACUACUAGAGACAACUAUAGACCACUCUGAACCACUAUAGACCACUCUGAACCACUAUAGACCACUCUGAACUACUAGAGACCACUAUAGACCACUCUGAACAACUAGAGACCACUAUAGACCACUCUGAACAACUACAGACCACUAUAGACCACUCUGAACCACUAUAGACCACUCUGAACUACUAGAGACCACUCUGAACAACUAGAGACCACUAUAGACCACUCUGAACAACUACAGACCACUCUGAACCACUAGAGACCACUAUAGACCACUCUGAACAACUACAGACCACUCUGAACUACUAGAGACAACUAUAGACCACUCUGAACCACUAUAGACCACUCUGAACCACUAUAGACCACUCUGAACUACUAGAGACCACUAUAGACCACUCUGAACAACUAGAGACCACUAUAGACCACUCUGAACAACUACAGACCACUAUAGACCACUCUGAACCACUAUAGACCACUCUGAACUACUAGAGACCACUCUGAACAACUAGAGACCACUAUAGACCACUCUGAACAACUACAGACCACUCUGAACCACUAGAGACCACUAUAGACCACUCUGAACAACUACAGACCACUCUGAACUACUAGAGACAACUAUAGACCACUCUGAACCACUAUAGACCACUCUGAACCACUAUAGACUACUCUGAACUACUAGAGACCACUAUAGACCACUCUGAACAACUAGAGACCACUAUAGACCACUCUGAACAACUACAGACCACUCUGAACCACUAUAGACCACUCUGAACCACUAUAGACCACUCUGAACUACUAGAGACCACUAUAGACCACUCUGAACAACUACAGACCACUAUAGACCACUCAACCACUAUAGACCACUCAACCACUAUAGACCACUCUGAACCACUAUAGACCACUCUGAACUACUAUAGACCACUCUGAACAACUACAGACCACUAUAGACCACUCUGAACAACUACAGACCACUCUGAACCACUAGAGACCACUAUAGACCACUCUGAACAACUACAGACCACAAUAGACCACUCAACCACUAUAGACCACUCUGAACAACUACAGACCACUAUAGACCACUCUGAACAACUACAGACCACUGAACAACUACAGACCACUAUAGACCACUCUGAACAACUACAGACCACUAUAGACCACUCUGAACAACUACAGACCACUAUAGACCACUCUGAACAACUACAGACCACUCUGAACAACUACAGACCACUAUAGACCACUAUAGACCACUCUGAACAACUACAGACCACUAUAGACCACUCUGAACUACUGUUAUACAUGCCAGAGAGUCAUGUUUGUUCUACCAAACGCAUUUCUAUCUGAAGGUUGUCCAACGUGUCCUGCUGAAUGCAGCCCAGAAGGGUAUACUACAUAGCAGGAUCAAUGAGUUAGCGCUCUAACUUUGAUAAGCAACCAGAAAUAACUAUUGAUUUUCUGGUUCAUUAAGAAAGCUAAACUUAGAUAUGUGUUUUUGGUUGUUUUAUUAUACCAUGCACUUUAUAUAUUUCUAUAAAACAAGUUAUUUCAGAAUAUUAAGUUAGCUGGAUAACACAUUGAUCUUGCUUUGUAGUAAACACCUGCAACCGUGACCUCUCUGGUGCUGAAUCACAUUUUGAUUCUGAUUCUUCUGAAUCACUUUCUACCACAUCCAAAUUACAUGGUUCAACUGUCUGUUCCAUAUGUACCUACAUAUAAAUUACAUGGUUCAACUGUCUGGUUCCUGAGUCUGUGUUCCAUAUGUACCUACAUAUAAAUGACGUGGUUCAACUGUCUGGUUCCUGAGUCUGUGUUCCCUAUGUACCUACAUAUAAAUGACAUGGUUCAACUGUCUGGUUCCUGAGUCUGUGUUCCAUAUGUACCUACAUAUAAAUGACAUGGUUCAACUGUCUGGUUCCUGAGUCUGUGUUCCCUAUGUACCUACAUAUAAAUGACGUGGUUCAACUGUCUGGUUCCUGAGUCUGUGUUCCAUAUGUACCUACAUAUAAAUGACGUGGUUCAACUG